GCAAAAACAACAAAAAAACUAGGUGUCUGUGUUUAAAGAAGCACAUCUCACUUACCAACACAGGAAAUGACGGUUUUGUUUCCACAUAGCCACAAAAUGUGACUUCAAGCUCCAUGCAUGCCUCUUUUUUUGGAUUGCAUCACCCUUUGAAAAGCUCAGAAAAUCUCAUUAUCAGUGUGUUCUUGACUUGUUACCAAGACGAUUUUCUUCCUUAAUUUUCCACUUUUAAAAAACAUGUCAUGGACAUUGUGAUUCAUCAACUCCUGUCUGACUGCUGUGUGCACCGGCAAAGCUCCAAAUCAUAGAAAAGUGUUCAUCAGAGCCGUUUACAGAACUGUCAACUUCCUGCUCCCUUCAAUAAAGCCGUAAUCGGGACAUGUAGAGAAGGCUUCAAGCAGAGGGCUCCUCUCUGUUCUCCAUCCACCAGAUCUUUCUUCACCAAAUAUGCCCCUCAGCAUGAAGAUAAGCACGGCUUUGCUGUUUGGAUUGUGUGUUUUGGUGACUGUGGACUCCAUGACAACCUCUAAGUCACUAACAAGAGCUGCUGACGCCGCCGCCGCUACUGAGCUGAGCAACGCCACAGAACAGCUGACCACGACGCCCGUCACACAGCAGCUACGCACAACCUGGACACCAGAUCCUAAGUUAGCAGAAGUUAGUACUCCUUCAUCCAGAGGAGUUGGUACAGACCAAGUCACCAGCAGAAAAAGCGGAUUAUAUCUUUCGACCACCUUAAGAACUUCAGGUGCUACUAGCAACGCUCAGCGGCUUUUCACGGAGUCAGUCAGCCGUCCAGAGACCACGAGAGCACAACUUUCAAACAAAACUACUGAUGCAACACAUAAACCAUCACCCACCAGUUUAGUUGCAGAUCUUUCAUCUCUGCAGCCCACAUCCAUCUCUCACACUGAUGCAACAUCAGUGGUACGCUCCACCAGCGAAGGGUCAACUGAGGGCACCUCCUUCUCCACUCAGAACCUCACUAGUUCCACACCUCCUGGAGCAGCGACGACGGCCUCAGCCUCUAGUGCCUCACCUGUUCCCCUCUUCUUUAUGACAAAAGCAUCCACCAAAACUAGCCUUUCACCCACAAGAAUCUACAAAAAUUCUCUUCUGCUUUCUACCACGACUGGAUCCGCCUCUUCCAGCAGCCUGUCAACAAGAUGGAUCCCUCAAACGUCAACAAAAUCCUUUACAACAAGCAGCAUCACCACAACACCUCCCAGUAACAAAUGCCAAACGACUACAAGCAGCUCGGUCAAAACCUGCUCCACUCGAGGACUUGUAAAUAAAUGCCUGAUCGCCGUCGGCGCCCUGGCAGUGCUGGCCACCAUCUUCAUGGUCUCCACCAUCGUCCUGUGUGCCAAGCUGUCAGCAAGGAAGCAGAAGCCGAGAAGGCGUAAAGAGUCCACGGAGAUGAUGUGCAUCUCAUCUCUGCUUCCCGAGAGGCAUCACAACUACGCCAGGCAACGCAAUCCAGUCACCAACGGAGUGCUGGUGUUCCCCGCGGGCGCAGACAGCGACGAGGAUGGAGGAGACAACCUCACGCUCAGCAGCUUUCUUCCAGAAAGUGUUUAACCCGUGUGCCAUCUUAUGGGGUCCAGAUGACCCACGGACGUGUUAUCCAUCUCAUGACAAAUGUGGAUGAAGGUGGACAGGAUUUUAUGUCUGCAACGGACACCAGUGACAAUCAAAAACCAUAGGAUAACCCCACUCCCAACGUCAACAUACCUACGACAGCUCAAGGGUGUUUGUUUGUUUGUUGAUAUUUUGUUGUUAACGUGUUCAAGAACUUUGUCGUUGGGCAAAAUGUAUGAACACUUGCCCAAAUGCAGGAGGAUGUCCGUCAGGAUGCAAAGAAGGUUCCUUUGUUUUUUUUUUUUUUCCUCAAACAUCCGGAGCCCUGAUGCUUUUUCACUUUGCAGCAAGAGACAGGAAGACUGGCUCCGUCAGGGGGCCUUCUGUCCCUCACAGAUGUUUUCUGGAGGAUUUCUGAUCCCAAAUGCAACAUUUGGAUCAACUUUGCUCUGGUUUCAGCACCUGGAUUAUAUCUUGGUUAUACUAAAACUUAAGUUAUGUACUUUCUCUGAAAGGGAAAAAGCCAGUUUAUGUUUUAAAUAGAAGACGGGGGAUGGUUUAUUUUUAUGUGUGUAAAAGGUGAAAAGUUAUAAUUAAAUUCUGCAUUUAGUCACUUACCUUUUUCAGUAAAAAAGUUUCACAAGUGUCUUUCUUCUUGCUUUUUCUGCUUCGCAUAUUUGGUUUGGCAAACGCCGGAUGCCCUUCCUGACAUCUGGAUUUAUCUGGAUUUCUUUU